AUGGACACAACAAACAGCGGUCGUGAGGGCGUUAACGCGAAGAAUCCUCCACGAUUAUUCAAUAAAUCAUAUGACUGGGGAACGUCACUCACAAGUGAACUUCUCCAGGACCACCAGCGGCGGCAACAUCAGGCAGCCGACGUGGGGCUGGCGGCAGCACAACCCGAUGAGGGGUACGGCCGCCUCAGCACGGUGCCGCCAUUCACUCCGAACACGCUGCCUCAGGUGCAGCUCCGGAAGCGGCGGCCGCUGGCGGCGACGGGUCCUGUGGCCACGCCGCCGCUGUGCAGCGCCCGGAGCUGGACUCACUUGCUGGCGUUUUCAACCUUCACCGCCGAGGCCAGCGACUCGCAGGCAGCUGGCGUCGCUAGCUCUGUGGGCAGCAGCAGCAUUGUCGUGUGGAGCUUUCUGGAAGCGGCAGACAAGCUGGCAUCGGCGUUUCCGUCGUACGACAACCUCAGCCUAAACUUUGCAGAGCCACUGCCGCUGGCGGCGGCCGGCGGCGGCGGCGGAGCAACAGCAGCAACGAUUGUUGCGGAAGGACCCGCAGGAAUUGGCGACGGCAAUCGGGACGGUACGUAUAGAUCUUUGGAGGUGGGUUCCGGAGCCGUCGGAACCUGGGAAGCAGCUGCCUUUAAUGUCAAUAAUAACGAGCCACGUAAUCAGCGUCGUCAGCGGAAGUUACAGCCGCCCUUGCAGCAACUACAGCUACAGCUACAGGGGGGGAACAGCAGCGCUGAGCAGCACACGGCCCUGGCGGCGGCGGCGGCGGCGGCCACUGCUGUCGGCUCUUGUCGUUGCGGCCCCCGGAUACCGUUUACGAGCUCGCCUGACGCUGACGGUGAUGGUGACGCCGACGCCGACGCUGACGGUGAUGGUGAUGGUGAGGAUGAGGAGAUGUUCACGGUGGUUGAUGCGCUCAAGGCAUUGGAGGACGAAGCCGCCAUCACCGCCCCUAACGGCCCCAGCCGCGGCGCCAACCCAGAGGUGUGCAGCGCUGGCGUUGGCGCCUGCGAUGGUGUGUUAAAGGGCCGACGACGACGUUGGCGACGUUGGCGAACCAUCCCAAGUAACGCCGCAGCGGAUGCGGCGGCAGCGGUGCCGUACCAGGUCGGUGCCGAGAGCAGCCUGACGCAGACGGUGACGAUGGAACCGCCAGCGCAGCGACAGCCCCGACGCGGCGUGACGGCGGCAGAAGCGGAUGCAGACGCGGCGUUGGAGCCUUGUGUCGUACCCGUGGGCAGCUGCUCGCCGGCCGUCGCUGUCGCUGCUGCGGUGGCGGCUAUGGCGGCGGCAGACGGACAUCCGCGUGGCUCGUCCUGCAGCGCACCGUUUCAAGGAUCGUUGAGAGCGCACCGCCACGUUGAGGAAGCCGCUGGCGGAUUUCGUUCUGGAUCUAGAUCUGGUGAAUCUGACCCAGAUCGGGAUGGAUCCCAUCGCUGCUACCAUCACUAUUCAUCAUGCAAUGUCGCAAUGGCGGUUGAACGACGGCGUCCGGUGGCAGACGAGGCUGAUGAUGGUUUCGGGGCCCUCCCUGGCAGCAGGUCUCUGGUUCCGGAGCGUGGCGGCAGUGGAGUACCCAGCACUCCGGGACAGGCGGAUGGCUGCUGCUACUGCUUGCCCGGUUCAAAGGUUGGGAUUGGCAGCGGCCGCGGCAGCGGAAGAGAUCCUCCUCUAAGUGCUGGCGACUGGUUCGCCGGCCGCGGCGGCGCUGGCCCCGUGGAAUCUAUGGACCUGGCUAAUGUGGAUGAGGGGGUAGCGGGGGGGUUGACGAUGACGGCGGAUGCUAGUGCGGGGGACAGUGGCCCCGGCAGGGUGAGCGCUGGGGAGCCCCGGGAGGGAACACAUGGUGGUGGUGGUGGCGGCGGCGGCGGCGGCGGCGCUGACGGCGGCGGCUUUGUGCUGGUGGAGGAGUGGUGCAGCACAUGUCCUCUGGGCAAUGCGGGCUUGCGGACAGCUGUUUGGGCGCGCCUUCGCGGAACAAACUACCGAAACCAACCGAAAGCAACGGAUACCGUUGCUGCCGCUGCAACGAUGGUAACGGCAGCUGCUGCCACUCCAAUGGCAGAGACGGCGGGGAUGGCUGAUGUCAUCAUUCGCAAGAAGAACAGUCGUGGCGACGAUGGCACGGACGGCGGAACGACCCGUGGGGGCAGAGGCAGCGGCGACGGUGUCAGCAGGGACGGCGGUAAUGGCGAUGGCAGUCACUCACGGCACGCUGACGGCAGCGGUUGCACGGCGCAUGCAGUGAUCCCCGUACGGACACAGACCACUGGCGACAGCGGCGGCAAUGCCGUUCAUGCCACCCAUGGCAGUUCUGGAGCCCAGGAAGGGAAAGCAGCGGCGGGUACGGCAGCCGCCACGGCGGCGACUCCUGCUGCCGCUGCGGCCAAAGGUGGCGGAGGUGCUGCUAAACAGCUUGCCUCCGUCGGGGCCAGUGGCGGCGGCGGUGUGGCGGCAUCCGCUGGCGCACGCCGGGCGCAACGUACCGAGUUUAGUGCCGGUGUCACCGCCAUAGGUGAUGCCCGAGCUUGUGGAGAUGGCGCUAUGAUUCCCGCCGGCGCAGGCCCGUCCGCAACCGCUACUGCCGCCGCCGCAGCCGUCGGAGGCGGCGCAGCGACAGCUUCGGCAGGAUGGCAUGGGCGCUGUGCAGACUAUGGCGGCGGCGGCGGCGGCGGCACAGCUGGUGUGAUGCAUCUACCAACCCCUGUCGCCGCCUCCGGGGCCUGUGUCGCAAGGACGCCCCCGCUGCUGUCCCGGCUGUCCCAGCUGGUGUCGCUGACACUGGCUGCAGGUCUAGGAUUUCCCAAUCCCCAGCACUUGGACGCGAUAACGUCCCUUCGGAGCUUGCAGUGCCUUGACAUGCGGGGAGCGAAGUUCAUGCAGGUGGAUGGCGACGCCUCCCUAGUUGCCCGACAAGCUUGGUCACACAUCAGCAACGAGCACGUGGCGGUGGUGGCGCGGUGCACCUCCCUGACCUCUCUGUCGCUCAAUCACCUACACCCCGUCAGCGGCAACCAGCUGGCGGCGCUGACGGCGCUCAACAGACUUACAUACCUGGCGCUCACGGACGCGCUGUCGGGAAACACGGUGCAUGGAGCGCACAUCAAGGUGCUCGCGGAGGGCCUUCCCGAGUUGCGAAGCCUUGACAUCAGUCGGGUGACCUGCCCGCCGCUGCACUUGCCGCCACAACAGCAACAGCCGCAACAGCCGUCGACCGUGCAAGGUCUAGUGGCGGCGGCAGCAGCAGCGGCAGCAGCAGCAGGGGGGGGCCUCAGCAGCGUUGGACGCGGCGGAGCGGCCGUGGUUCGCCAGGUUCAGCCUGUGCUGACGUCACCGGCCCCGCCGCCGCCGCCGGCGCUGCCGCCGCAGCAGCAGCAGGAAAAGCAGCCAUUGCCCUCUGCAGGCUACGGAGUUGCUAUCAAGGCUCGGUCGUCCUCUCCUUCCGCCGUGGCAAACCUGCCGUACUGGCAGCCCUGGGGCCCUGUGCUGGGGUUAUUCCGCCGCCUGACGUCCCUGCAUCUACAACGUCUCUCUACUCGCUGUCGCGGUAUCCCUCCAUCUAUCUCUCGUUCUCUCCACCAGCACUUGGAGUUGAUAGGUCGGCUAGGUCAGCUGCGUUGCAUCCGGAUGGACCAAGUGGACAUCCGUACUCGCGAUCCGGACGGCUGGACGGGGCUGUCGGGUGUACAUACCCUGGAGUCGUUCAGCUACCGAGCCUGGAACAACCCGGUGCUGUCGGCGGCCAACCUGUGCGUCCUCACAAACGAUAGCCUCGCCAUGAUGGCGGCCAACUGGCCGCAACUGCAGCAUCUCAGCUAUCAUGGCAAGGUGGCGCUCACGGAGAAGGUCGAGGAGCACCUGGCACACAUGAGCUGCUUGACGUCCCUGGAGAUAAGCGGUACGGACGGUACGGCGGUUCGCGUGUGGCGCAGCGCAGCGACGGGGCAGCUGCUACGCACCGUCACGUUGCCGUACACCGCCGCCGCCAAGGUGUCGAGCCGUAAUGGCUACGUGACGUACAGCGAUAGCGACGAUUCCGGAGCCAAAUCGGAGGGUUCGGAAGCGUCGGUGAACUGGAUGGGCGACACGGGUUACGUUACAAGCGAGUACGACGCUGACUAG